CCUGUCUGUUGCUGCAGAACAAAAAUGUUUCACUUAAGGACUUGUGCUACUAAAUUGAGGCCUCUCACAGCCUCACAGACUGUUAAGACAAUUUCUCUAAAUAGGCCAGCAGCACCAAGGACGUUUCAACAAAUCAGGUGCUACAGUGCGCCUGUUGCUGCUGAGCCAUUUUUGAGUGGGACUAGUUCGAACUAUGUGGAGGAAAUGUACUAUGCUUGGUUGGAAAACCCCAAAAGUGUACAUAAGUCAUGGGACAUAUUCUUUCGCAAUGCCAAUGCUGGAGCUGCUCCAGGUACUGCUUACCAAAGCCCCCCUCCAUUAAGUACCAGUCUGUCGACUCUGACACACGCACAGUCUUUGCUUCAAGCACAGCCAAAUGUAGAUAAACUGGUGGAAGAUCAUCUUGCAGUCCAGUCUCUUAUCAGGGCGUAUCAGAUUCGAGGGCAUCAUGUAGCACAGCUGGAUCCACUGGGCAUCUUGGAUGCUGAUUUGGACUCUUCCGUUCCAGCCGAUAUUAUCACUUCCACAGACAAACUGGAUCUUGCAGUAUUCAAGGAGCGGCUGAGAGUGCUAACAGUAGGAGGGUUUUAUGGACUGGCUGAAUCGGACCUCGACAAGGUCUUCCACUUGCCUACUACCACUUUCAUUGGAGGAAACGAGUCUGCUCUUCCCCUGCGGGAAAUCAUCCACCGUUUAGAGAUGGCCUACUGCCAGCACAUUGGUGUAGAAUUCAUGUUCAUCAACGACCUGGAGCAGUGCCAAUGGAUAAGACAGAAAUUUGAGACUCCCGGCAUCAUGCAGUUCACCAGUGAUGAGAAGCGCACCCUGCUAGCUAGACUAGUCCGGUCAACCAGAUUUGAAGAGUACCUUCAUAGGAAAUGGUCUUCUGAAAAACGAUUUGGCUUAGAAGGCUGCGAGGUGCUCAUACCUGCCUUGAAGACGAUAAUUGACAAGUCAAGCGAGAAGGGAGUGGAUUAUGUUAUCAUGGGGAUGCCGCACAGGGGGCGUCUGAACGUUCUUGCCAACGUGAUCAGGAAGGAGUUAGAGCAAAUUUUCUGCCAGUUUGACUCCAAGCUGGAGGCUGCAGAUGAGGGCUCAGGAGAUGUAAAAUACCAUUUGGGAAUGUACCACCGAAGGAUAAAUCGUGUCACUGACAGGACCAUCACUCUUUCAUUGGUUGCAAACCCAUCUCACUUGGAGGCUGCUGAUCCUGUGGUUCAGGGCAAGACAAAGGCCGAACAGUUUUAUUGUGGAGACACUGAAGGGAAGAAAGUGAUGUCCAUUCUUUUGCACGGUGAUGCUGCUUUUGCUGGGCAAGGUAUAGUUUAUGAGACGUUCCAUUUGAGCGACCUGCCUUCCUAUACGACGCACGGCACUGUUCACGUAGUGAUGAACAACCAGAUUGGAUUCACCACUGACCCCCGUAUGGCUCGUUCGUCUCCAUACCCAACAGAUGUGGCCCGUGUGGUGAAUGCACCCAUUUUCCAUGUGAAUGCUGAUGACCCAGAGGCAGUGGUUUAUGUAUGCAAUGUGGCAGCUGAAUGGCGAAGUACUUUCCACAAAGAUGUCGUGGUGGACCUGGUGUGCUACAGACGAAACGGACACAACGAAAUGGAUGAGCCAAUGUUCACUCAGCCGUUAAUGUACAAGCAGAUCCGAAAGCAGAAGCCUGUGCUGCAGAAAUAUGCUGAGACACUGAUCUCUCAAGGGGUGGUAAAUCAGCCAGAGUAUGAGGAGGAAAUUUCCAAGUACGAUAAGAUCUGUGAAGAGGCCCAUGCCCGAUCCAAAGACGAAAAAAUCCUUCACAUCAAGCACUGGCUCGAUUCUCCCUGGCCUGGUUUCUUCACUCUGGAUGGGCAGCCCAGGAGCAUGACCUGCCCUUCCACUGGUGUGAAUGAUGAAGAUUUGGUCCAUAUAGGAAAGGUGGCCAGCUCAGUACCUGUCGAGAACUUUACCAUUCAUGGCGGUUUAAGCCGGAUUCUAAAAACUCGUGGAGAGAUGGUCACUAAUCGGACAGUAGAUUGGGCCUUAGCUGAGUACAUGUCAUUCGGCUCUCUCCUUAAAGAGGGAAUCCACAUCCGACUGAGUGGGCAGGAUGUUGAGAGAGGAACAUUCAGUCAUCGGCACCACGUCUUGCACGAUCAGAACGUAGACAAACGGACUUGUAUCCCCAUGAACCACCUGUGGCCAAACCAGGCUCCAUACACGGUCUGCAAUAGCUCUCUCUCGGAGUAUGGAGUCCUUGGAUUUGAGCUGGGCUUUGCCAUGGCCAGCCCUAACGCUUUAGUGCUGUGGGAAGCCCAGUUUGGCGACUUCCACAAUACGGCUCAGUGCAUCAUUGACCAGUUCAUCUGCUCUGGACAGGCCAAGUGGGUGAGACAGAAUGGCAUUGUACUGCUGCUUCCUCAUGGCAUGGAAGGCAUGGGCCCAGAACAUUCAUCUGCCCGACCGGAGCGAUUCCUCCAGAUGUGCAAUGAUGAUCCAGAUGUCUUCCCAAAACUAGAUGACUUCGAUGUGCGCCAGCUGUAUGACUGUAAUUGGAUUGUUGUGAACUGCUCCACUCCAGCAAACUUUUUCCAUGUUGUGCGGAGGCAGCUACUUCUCCCCUUCCGGAAGCCGCUGAUUGUGUUCACUCCAAAGUCGCUUUUGCGUCACCCUGAAGCUCGGUCCAGCUUUGACGAGAUGUUGCCAGGCACACAUUUCCAGCGCAUCAUUCCAGAGAGCGGCCCGCCAGCCCAGAAUCCAGAGGGAGUCAAGCGAGUUCUCUUCUGCACUGGCAAAGUCUAUUACGAUCUCACUCGAGAGCGCAAGUCCCGGCAGAUGGAAGCAGAUGUUGCUAUCACAAGGGUGGAGCAGCUCUCUCCAUUCCCUUUUGACCUCCUACUGAAAGAAUUCCACAAAUACCCAAAUGCCGACCUGGUUUGGUGUCAGGAGGAGCACAAAAACCAAGGAUAUUAUGACUACGUGAAGCCUAGACUCCGCACAACCAUCGACCGUGCAAAACCAGUGUGGUAUGCUGGGCGUGAGCCUGCUGCCGCACCAGCCACGGGCAACAAGAAGAACCACCUGACCGAACUGCAGCGCCUCUUGGAUACGGCCUUCGACCUCGACUCCUUCAAGGGCUUGUCUUAGAUACACUUGGAACUGGUUCUGCAGCACACUGUGUGUGUUUGUGUGUGCGUGUUUGUCUGCUCACCUCCUUUC